UUCAGGACUAGUUCGACGGCAGGCCUCACAGUAUCAAAUUUAAUACACACAUUCCCUUAGAGAAGUACACAACGGUUCAACUCUCGACAUCAAGAUAUCAUCCCAGUAAUUCAUCUUCCACUUCGGUCCGCUUCAACCAUCAAAAUAUGAAGUUCCUCACAUUCGGCCUCCUUUUGGCCUCGACGAUCGUUAGCGUCAGCAGUGCUCCCACCGAUGUUGAUAGCAGGGCUGUCAGCUUCCAGAACCACUAUGACCAACAUUUGGAGGACCGCGAAGAGCGCAAGGAGGCUCGCGACAUCUCCGUCCCUUCAUUCGCCGGCGUCGAGACCACCAGCAGCGUGGUCGCCGACGUCGAGGAAGACGAGGCUGCAAAGCCCGUACGCGCCCGUCAGAUCCUGAAGUUGUUGUUGAAGAAGAAGGGCAAGAAGGCCAAGAAGGCGAAGAAAGCAAAGAAGGCAAAGGCCGCCAAAGGCAAGGCUGCCAAGGGCAAGGCCGCCAAAGGCAAGGCCGCCGCCCCCGCAAAGGCCAAGGGCAAGGCCGCUCCCGCCAACGGCGCUGCUAAGAAGAAGGCUGCUACGCCGGCCGCCCCCGCCGCUGGCAAGGGCAAGGGUGCCGCUGGUGCUGCUCCCCCGGCUGCUGCUCCUCCCCCUGCCGCUGGUAAGGGCAAGGGAGCCGCUGGUGCCGCUCCCCCGGCUGCUGCUCCCCCGGCUGCUGCUCCUCCAGCUGCUGCUCCUCCCGCCGCCGCUCCUCCCGCCGCCGCUCCUCCCGCCGCCGCUCCUCCGGCUGCUGGUGGCGCUGCUAAGGGCAAGGGAAACAACCCGCCUGCUGUCGCAACUCCAGCCGCCCCUCCUCCGGCUGCUAAGCCAAUCUCUCCUGCUCAACCAGCCGCAGUCGCACCCGCUCCCGUUGCUCCGGUGCUUCCUGCGGGCAAGGGCAACGCCAACUAAGCCGUUGCCGAGCGAGUUUUGUGAGAGUUUAUGGGAUAGAAAGGACCAGCACUGGUGUUGGUCGGCUGAGUGGGUUCACGAGAUUUACGACAACAUGCGCCUUUGGCAGCUUACGGGGAAGGCCACGGCACUCUGACAGGGUUCUCAAACAGCUCCGGGCUGGAAGGGGCCGGUUGAGACGGAAGUGCCGAGAGAGUACAUAGCCAAACAAUGAUGAUUCCC